UAAAACCUCGCUAAUGUCCAGACUCAAGUACCAGAUCUAUGGAGCCCACCAGAAACUGUCCACUGUUCGGAGGCGCCUUCUCCGCCAUCCUCCCCCGAGGGGCCAUUGAUGUGAGUGACCUCCGACCGGUGCCAAACAACCAAGGAGUUUUCUGCCAUCCUGUGACCGACCAGAGUCUGAUCAUAGAACUUCUGGAGCUGCAGGCCCACGUGCAGGGCGAAGCGGCUGUGUGGUACCAUUUUGAGGACAUUGGCGGGGUGCAGGGGGAUAGGACUGUGCGUGUGCUAUCUGUGCAGCCUUUCUGUUUGGAGAACUUAUCUCUGAGAGGCUGCUGUCAAGAUGCCUGGUUCCUUUCUGGCAAGCAGCAGGUCGCUAAAGAGAACCAACAGGUAGCAAAGGGUGUCACACUGCCUCAGGCCUUGCUUCGGUUGCCCCAGUAUCAGACUGAUCUUUCACUCACCUUCAAUCAGCCCCCGUGUCACAGCAGGUCUCUUGACCCUGAAAAUCUGUCAUGUCCACCUUAGAGCCUGGGUAACUUUGAACAGCUGGUAACUAGUUUGACUCUUCAUGAUCCCAACCUCUUUG